AUGUCCAUUGAUGCCAUGAUUGAGGCAGUGGGACCAAACAUCUUCACUGGUGUGAUUCCAUAUAUGACUCUGUCCAUGUCCAUGGCAGCUUUUGUACCAAAUUUGAUACUUUGGAGAAACAUGAUGACCCCAACAUUUUGGGAACAGGUCCCAGUAAGGGUGGCAGGUUCUUGGUUUGGAUUCCUCUUCAGCAUUGUGAAUGUCAAACCAACAACCUUACUGGGGGUAACAGUUAUAACUGCUGUUGGAGAUGUUCUGGAGCUCCUGAAGACGCUGGACAUAUAUGAAGAGAAAGAUGAAACCGCAGAGGGCAUUUUUGCGCUGUUGGUACUUAUAUGCCGUGUAUACACAGGGGCGUUUAUGCUCAUCUGUGUUCCUGUCAGAGCCACGGAGAACCCAAACAACAGCCAAACGCCUGCAGCUGAAAACAAAGAGAAGGCCACUGACGCUGCAGGAAAACAGGAACAAGAGGAAGAAAUCGACAUUGACCUGGAGGCUCCUGAGACGGAGAAAGCUGCUCUGGCCAUUCAAAGCCAGUUCAGACGCUUCCAGAAGAAAAAAAAAGAACGGGCCAAGUCGUCGGCUCAGGUUCCGGGCCCUCGCUCUCAGUUCUGUGUCUCGGCUGGUCUGGCCUCCCCAGGACUGCGCACACUGUCAGAGGAGCAGUUCCAAUGCUCGAUCUGCCUGGAGACCUUCGUGGAACCCGUGUCCACUCCCUGUGGACACACCUUCUGCAAAGCCUGUCUGCAGGGCUACUGGAACCACAGCAAGAAGUUCCUCUGUCCCAUGUGCAAGAAAAGUUACUCCAAAAGGCCGGAGCUCAGCGUGAACCGGGUACUGGCCGAGAUCUCCUCUCAGUUCCAGGGCCUCACCGUUCUGGCCCCUGCCGAGGGGGCCGGGGGCGCCCACGGGGCCGGGCAGGGGGAGUCCGAGUCGUCCGAUUUCGCCCGUCCCGGAGACGUCCCCUGCGACGCUUGCAUCGGGAGGAAGAUGAAGGCGCUUAAGUCUUGCCUGAGCUGCCCGGGCUCGUUCUGCGAGGCUCAUCUUCGUCACCACAAAAAGGUGAAGUCUCUCACUUCCCACCGGCUCGUGGAACCCAUCGCCAACCUGGAGGACAAGAUGUGUAAGAAACACGAACGACUCCUGGAGGCGUACUGCCGCAACGACUUCAUGUGCCUGUGUCGCGAGUGUGCCGAGGCCACGCACAAGACGCACGAGAUCGUCUCCGCCGACCGCGAGUGGAAGAAGAGGAUGAGCCAACUGGGGAAGAAGAGGUCAGAGCUCAAACAUCUCAUUAAGGAGAGAGCGAAAAAACUGGAUGAAAUCAAACAGUCAAUCAAGGUCAUCAAAGCGAACGGUCAGCGGGAGCUAGAGGAGAGCUGGCAGGUGUACGCGGAGCUGCAGCGGCUGGUGGAGCAGAGCCAGGCGGAGCUGGUGGAGGAGAUUUCUUCCCGUCAGAGACAGGCCGAACAGCAGGCCAAAGAGCUGGCGGCCAACCUGGAGCUGGAGCUCAGUCAGCUGAGAAAGAGAAGCUCUGAGCUGGAUUCUCUCGCUCACACACAGGACAAAGUGCUUUUCCUGCAGCUCAUGUCGUGCUUGACCCCUCCCCCUGAGCCUGCUGAUUGGUCGAGUGUGUCAGUAAACACAGAUAUUUACCUGGGGACUGUCAGGAAGUCUGUCCAAAACCUCGUGAACAAAUUCCAGGAAGAGCUCAAGAGAAUACAUGGAAAAGAACACAGGAAACUGCAGAAUUAUGCAAGUGAGGUUUUUAUGGACCCCGGCACAGCUCAGCGUAACCUGUCUCUGUCCGAAGACGGCCGGCAGGUCUGGUACGAGGAACGCCCGAGAUCAUCCCAGACGGAGGGGCCGCGUCGCUUCAGCCCCGCCCUCUUCGUGCUGGGCCGAGAAAGCCUCUCUUCCGGCCGGCAUUACUGGGAGGUGGAGGUGGGACGGAAAACCGCGUGGACGCUGGGCGUGGCCCGAGCCUCAGCCCGUCGCAAGGGCGAGAUUCGGCUCUCGCCCGAGGGCGGGUUCUGGUGCCUGUGGCUGAAAUCGGGCGAGGUCAAAGCCCUGGCGUCCACGCGUUUGCCCCUCCAGCUGCCGACGCACCCGCAGAAAGUGGGCGUCUUCCUGGAUUACGAGGGCGGACAGGUGUCGUUCUACGACGCGAAGGCCCGCGCCCACCUCUACACCUUCAACGACACCUUCUCGGAGAGCGUCUACCCGAUCUUCAGCCCGUGUAUCAACCAGGAUGGAAAAAACAGCUCUCCUCUUGUCAUCACCACGGUCAAACACAGUAUGGCUUCCCCAGCAAACCUAUUGGCAGAGGAGCAGGUUCACUGUUCCAUCUGCUUGGACGUCUUCACCAACCCCGUGUCCAUCCCCUGUGGCCAUAACUUCUGCAUGGCGUGCAUUGGGGGCUACUGGAAGACCAGCGCCCUCUUCCAGUGUCCCAUGUGCAAGAAGACCUUCUUCAAGCAGCCUGACAUCAGCAUCAACACAGUGCUGAGAGAGAUCGCAGAGCAGUUCAAGGAGCUGAGGAUGAACAACGCAGACAGGCAGCCGCCGUCGCCGACGCAGGCGCCCGAGGAACUGCCCGUGGAGGUCCCAGAGCUGAUUCCGCCGGACGGUCCGUGGAAAGAGGACGUCUUAUGCGACGUCUGCACCGGAUCGAGGAAUCGAGCCGUGAAAGCUUGUCUGGUGUGUCUGACCUCGUACUGCGAGGAUCACCUCCAGACCCACAGCGCCAGGUUCACCAAACACAAGCUGAUCGAACCCGUGCAGAACCUGGAGGACCGCAUGUGCAAGAAACAUGAGAGGCUUCUAGAGCUUUUCUGUAAGAAGGACCAAGUGAUGGUGUGUGUGCUGUGUACGGAAAUGGACCACAGAGCUCACUACACGAUCCCUGUUGAACGGGAAUGGAGAGAGAAGAAGGCUCAGCUGCGGAAAACAGAAGCAGAUGUUCACCAGAUGAUCGAGGAUCGACUGAAGAAAGUGGAGGAUAUCAAACAUUCGGUGGAACUCAAUAAAACCAGUGCUCAGAGGGAGAUCGAGGACAGCAUGCAGGUUUUCUCGGACCUGGUCCGGGCGGUCCAGAAGGCACAGGCCGAGCUGGUCUUGGCCAUCGAGGAGAAACAGAGAGAGACCGAACGCUGGGCAGAAGGGCUGAUCGAUGAUCUGGAGCAGGAGAUCAGCUUUCUGAAGACAAGAAACACGGAGCUGGAGCAACUAUCGCGGACCGAGGAUCACAUACAUUUCCUACAGAACUUCCCAUCUCUUUGUACACCUCCGCAUACUAAGGACUGGUCUGAGGUCAGUGUACACACAGAGCAGUGUGUGGGUACCAUCAGAAGAGCAGUGGCUAAACUGGAGGACACCCUCACAGAGGAAAUAGACAAACUGGUAGAAAGUGAGUUGAAGAGGGUGCAGAAGUAUACAGAGGACAUAACCCUGGAUCCAGACACUGCCAACCCGUGGCUACAACUGUCAGACGACAGACGACAGGUGAGACACUUGGGGGCGUGGCAAGAUCUACCGGACACGCCCGAACGUUUCGACACCGUGGUUAUCGCACUCGGCAGAGAGGGCUUCACGACCGGUCGCCACUACUGGGAGGUCCAGGUGGGUGAGAAAGACGACUGGUACCUGGGCGUGGCCCGAGCCUCCGUUAACCGAAAGGGGCGGAUCUCCGUGAGCACGACCCACGGCUACUGGGCGCUGGCCAUGAAAAAGGGGCAGGAGUACCGCGUGUCUUCGUCUCCGCCCCUCCUGCUGGCCCUCGGGGAGAAGCUGAAAACAGUGGGCGUGUACGUGGAUUACGAGGAAGGACAGGUGUCGUUUUACGACGUGCAGACGAAGAGUCACAUCCACACCUUCAUGGACACGUUCAGUGAGAGACUUUAUCCGUUCUUCUACCUCUACUGCUGCGAUAAGGCCUCAGACACGAUGGUCAUCUGCCCUGUCUCCGAGAAAAUACGCAACAAACAGUGCUGA